AUGAAUGACCCAAGGAUUAGCCGAUCCAUCUGGGCAUUUGCAGAUGCUCUGAGUUCAUUCGCUGGGGAUCUGAAGCAAAUAUGGAGACAGUCUGAAUCAACUACACAAUCUCAGCCAGCUGGCAGUAUUGAUGAUGCUGCACCAUUUAAUGCUACACAUGACACACACAUGACAACAAAUGAUUGCGUGGAUCCUCAGCAAUCUUUGAUCACACCUGGUUCUACUAUUCCAUCCAUUAAACUCCUCUCAGCGAUAGAGAGUAUCGAACAGACCCAGCAUGCAGCUUUUACAGUUGAACCACCAAGCAGACUGCCUAUUGCAUGUUCAUCUGCGAUGCAAACUUCACCUGUUCCUAUUGAGAGCAGCCAAGAAGCCCGACAACCAGAAACUGUGACCGAAACAACCAAUGGAUGCCCCACAGCGCUGUCUGAACCUCAUAACGUUACUCGGGAUGAGGAGGAGCACCACACUCCCAUGACUCCUCAACCCGUAGCCACCCCUCUAUCUCUAGCUCGUCAGAGUGUGGGCGAGCUUCAGCAGACCUUUUGCCUGCCAUGUCUUCAAGUUUGGAAACGAAAUUUGGGAGCUAAGCAGGAUUUGCCCGAUUGCAAGUAUCACAAAGGACGAACAGAGAUAUUGCGGCGCCUGAAAGCGGAAUUCGAAAAUUCGCAACAUAGCUCGACAGCCAGAGAGAAGCUGAAGCAAGAGGUGCUGAAGGUCAUCCAAAUCCUCGAAAUUAGCCACCCGACUUCAUUUCAGACUCCUAAUUCAAAACGCCCCAAUGUGAAGGAAAAUCCAUCGCAAUCACCUGCUGCAAAACGGCGCUGCAAUGAACGUAUUCCAACGCCAAAGCUUCGUUCGGGAUCGCGGUCUGAUAUCUCCAUGAAAUCGGAAUCUUCCGAUGAGGAUGAUAAUGACUCAGCGCUGAAUAGAAUAGCGCAACAUGAAGACAGUGGUCAAUAA